AUGGUCCUUGGAGUAUUUGUAGUAUUUGUAGUCUGGAGGUGGAACUUGUUCAUGUUAUCAUUAAUUAUUAUUGCUUGGUCACCUCAUCAAAGCAACCUCCUUGUAUCUGGAGGUGGAACUGCUGAUAGGUGUAUUCGUUUCUGGAACACUACAAAUGGCCAUCAAUUGAACUGUGUUGACACUGAGAGCCAGGUCUGCAACCUUGCUUGGAGUAAAAAUGUAAAUGAGCUAGUAAGUACUCAUGGAUACUCCCAAAAUCAGAUUAUGGUGUGGAAAUAUCCUUCACUGGCAAAGGUUGCAACUCUAACUGGUCACAGCAUGCGAGUGCUAUACCUUGCAAUGUCUCCUGAUGGUCAGACAAUAGUAACUGGUGCUGGGGAUGAGACACUGCGGUUUUGGAAUGUUUUCCCAUCAAUGAAAUCCUUCACCGAGGUUUCUGGUGAAUACUCAAUGAUAAAAGCUGGCGGUGCGCUCAAAAUGAUUGAUGAAGAAAAAGUUAUGAUGGAGUCACUAUUGUGCCUCCGACGGGCUGGUGCUGACAUCAUCUAUUGA